UGUAUUUUUUAUGUGUGACUGGUGAUUGGAGCAGUCAGGUGAAUGGAGAAGACAAUUUUAUGCUUCUUGCUGGCCCUCUGACUGAGAAGGAUCACAGAACCUCCAGCAGUGAGGAAAAUGUCUUUGACUGCAGUCAUCCCAUACCAGCAGCUUCCAAGCAGUAUUUCAAGUACCUCCAGACCAAAGGAGUGACCCACUUCAAAGUGCCACUGUCAUGGGCAAAACUUCUUCCUACGGGCCUGACCAGCAAGCCUCAACAGGCUGUAGCAAGGUGUUACAAGACCCUGCUGAAGAACUUGCAGGAGCAGGGCUUGCAGCCUCUCGUCAUUCUUCAUGGAUCAACAGUUCCAGACUCUUUGAGGUCCAGGUAUGGAGGCUGGAAAAGUCAGCAGCUGCUAGACAAGUUUCAGCAGUAUGCUGAGUUUGCUUUGAGAGAAUUUGGCCAAUUGGCAAACUCAUGGGUGACAUUUAGUGACCUGGAUGAGAUUUUGCGUGAAGGACCAGCUGUAGAUGGUCCCACUCCUCUCCAAAAUAUCCUUCAGCUCAACAAGAAGAUUCAUGAGUUUUAUCAUCAAAACUUUCCAUACGAAGGGAGACGUCUAUCAUUUGGGCUGAAUGCAAAACAUGUGGAUCAACUUUCCAAUCUUAAAGCUUUCACAAAUGUGGAUUUCUUAUCCGUGAACCUUGAAUAUAACUGUGCCUCCUCAAAGAGUUUUGCACAAGAGUUGAGAAACUUGCAGACAUCUACUGGAAAUUUGCCAAUCUUGCUAUAUAAGAUGCCAGUUCGUGACUGUAUCCCGAGUGAACACCAGCUUCUUGGAGAUUUAUUACAAGUUUUAUGGACCAACAGUCUGAAUAUUAUGGGAUGUGACAUGAAGAAUGUGUUGGAUGAGUUGGACAUGCAGGAUUCUCCAGUCAGUUAUAACAAAGUUGAUAUAGAUGUCUACCUCCUGCGAGGUCUUGGAGUCAACACCUACCAGUUCUCCAUUUCCUGGGCCCGUAUAUUCCCCUCAGGUUACAAAGACAGCCUGAAUGAAGAAGGAGCUCUCUACUAUGACAAUCUGAUCAAUGCUCUGAUUGAAUCUGGCAUACAGCCUGUUGCCACUAUCUACCAUUGGGAUCUGCCUCAGGCUCUCCAAGACAAGGGUGGAUGGACCAACCCGUCCAUUGUUGCAGCUUACAAAGACUAUGCAGCCUUCUGCUUCCAUAGAUAUGGAAACAGGGUCAAGAGCUGGAACACAUUCAGUAGUCCCUGGGUGGUGAGCCAUGCUGGACAUGGGACUGGUCACUCAUAA